GAGAGUAUUAAACACUGGAAAAGCUCGUGUAUCAUUGUGUCCUUGAGACUUCCAGUACUUGAGGGUGUUCCUGAGGCUCGCACAGCUUCUUAUGGGUUGAAGACAAGAAGGAGAAAUUGAAAGGACCAGCCUGAAAGGUUUUGCCAGGUACACAUCUAGAAUGGAGACUUGGAAGACGUUUUGGGAGAUCAUCUUCCUUGCAGCUAGUUUUGGAUUCAUCGAGUCACAGAGGAUUGUCUGCAGGCAGGCCUCUGUGGGAGACAUUGUGUUUCUGGUGGACUCCAACAUCAGCCCCCAAGACGCCCGCAGCGUGAGGAACUUCUUGUACAUCCUAGUGAACAGCUUCAAUGUCAGCAGAGAGACCAUCCGUGUGGGUCUGGCCCAGUACAGUGACGUGCCUCAUUCAGAGUUCCUGCUCUCCACCUACCACCGCAAAGGCAACGUGUUGAGACACAUUCAGCAGUUUCAAUUUAAGCCUGGGGGCAAGAAGAUGGGCCUGGCCCUGCAGUUCAUUCUAGAUCAGCACUUCCAGGAAGCAGCAGGGAGCCGGGCAAGCCAAGGGGUGCCUCAGGUUGCCAUGGUGAUCAGCAGUGGCCCAGCUGAGGACCAUGUCCGUGGACCUGCUGAGGCAUUAAGGAGGGCAGGCGUCCUGCUUUAUGCUGUUGGCGUCAGAGAUGCAGUUUGGGCAGAGCUCAGGGAGAUUGCCAGUAGUCCCCAGGACAAUUUCACCUCCUUUAUUCCCAACUUCUCUGGGCUGGGCAGUCUCGCCCAGAAGCUGCGGCAUGAGCUCUGUGCUACUUUGGCAAAGGCAGCUCAACCUGCUGACUACAUCUUUCCAGCUUGCAGAGAAGCAGCCCUGGCAGACAUCGUGUUUCUAGUGGACAGCUCAACCAGCAUCGGACCCCAGAACUUUCAGAAGGUUAAGAACUUCCUUUACUCCGUUGUCUUGGGGCUUGACAUCAGCAGUGACCAGGUCCGAGUGGGACUUGCCCAAUAUAGUGACAAUAUCUACCCAGCCUUUCACCUGAACCAAUACCCUCUGAAGAGCAUGGUCUUGGAGCAGAUCCAGAAUCUGCCCUACCGCACAGGAGGCACAAACACGGGGAGCGCCCUGGAAUUUAUCAGGACUAACUAUUUGACUGAGGCAGCUGGCAGCCGGGCCAAGGACAGAGUUCCUCAGGUAGUGAUCCUGGUGACAGAUGGGGAGUCAAAUGAUGAGGUCCAGGAGGUGGCUGACCAGUUGAAAGCAGAUGGAGUUGUUGUGUAUGUGGUCGGAGUCAACGUCCAGGAUGUCCGGGAGUUGCAAAAAAUAGCCAGUGAGCCAUUUGAGCAGUUUCUCUUUAACACCGAAAACUUCAACAUCCUGCAGGAUUUCUCGGGAAGUAUGCUUCAGACUUUGUGCUCAGUGGUGGAGGGCAAAAUAAAAGAAUUCACCAAGACCUAUGCAGAUGUGGUCUUUCUUGCUGACACCUCACAGGGCACGUCAAGGACCAGUUUCCAGUGGAUGCGGAAUUUCGUCUCCGGGGUGGUUGGCAUGCUGGAGGUUGGCAGGGACAAGUACCAGAUCGGGCUGGCUCAGUAUGGUGAUCAAGGUCACACUGAGUUUUUGCUCAGUACCUACAAGACCCAGCAGGAGAUGAUCGUUCACGUCAACGAGCACUUUGUGCCGCGGGGUGGCUCCAGAAGGACAGGCAAAGCUCUGCGACACCUUCAUCAGACCUUCUUCCAGGAGGAAGCAGGAAGCCGGUUUCUCCAGGGUAUCCCCCAGUAUGUGGUGGUCAUCACCUCGGGCAAAUCCGAGGAUGAGGUCCGGGAUGCUGCACAGAGACUGAGGAAGAAAGGCGUGAAAGUCAUGUCCGUGGGUGUGCAGGACUUUGACAGGACAGAACUGGAAGGGAUGGGGUUCCCGGACCUUAUCUACGGGAUGUGGGGAGAAGAUAGAGUCAGACAGGUCACGCAGGAUGUGAAUAUGGUAAUACAAGGGACUGCAGAGCCGGGCUCCAGGAUUCAGGCCCUGGAGCCUGUAGAAGCAUGUCCAACUGCCAUCCCAGCUGACUUAGUGUUCCUCAUUGAGGAAUUUAGCAGGGUUAGGCAACCCAAUUUCCAACAAGUUGUCAAUUUCCUAAAGACCACUGUCAGCUCUCUAAGCAUUCAUCCUGAUGUUGUGAGAAUUGGCUUGGUCUUUUACCAUGAGGAACCACGCCUUGAGUUUUCACUGGAUACAUUUCAGAACCCAGCCACGGUCUUGGCCCAUUUAGACAAAUUAACCUACCGGGGAAGAAGAGGAGGGACAAAGACUGGUGCUGCUUUAGAUUUCCUAAGGGAGGAGGUUUUCGUUCAGGAGAAGGGCAGCCGGUCCAGCCGCGGUGUACAGCAGAUAGCUGUGGUCGUCACGGAAGGCUUCUCCCAGGAUGACGUGUCCAGACCCGCUUCUCGCCUUCGGAGGGCAGGAGUCACCAUCUACACGGUGGGCACCCGGCGGGCCUCAGACAGUCAGGACCUGGAGAAGAUAGCGUCGUAUCCUCCUGGGAAGCAUGCCAUCACCCUGGAAUCCUUUCUGCAGCUCUCCGUAGUGGGAAGCGUGCUUACAAACCAGCUCUGCCCUGAGGCUGUGGACAAAACACUUUUGGUGCCUUCUGCCCCGCGAGAAGGUUGUGUGCCUGUUGCAGAUAUUUACUUCCUUAUUGAUGGAUCUGGGAGUAUCAGCCCAGAAGAUUUUCUUGAAAUGAAGAAGUUCAUGAAUGAGGUGAUAAAGAUGUUCCAGAUUGGGCCUGACAAAGUACGGUUUGGAGUCAUUCAGUACUCAGACAAAAUUAAAAGUAAAUUUAUCCUCAGCCAGUAUCUCAAUGUGGCAGAGCUGAAGAGAGCCAUCGAUGACAUCCAGCAGGGAGGAGGGGGGACCACAACGGGUCAGGCCUUGAGAAACAUGACUCAGGUCUUUGCAGACACUGCCCGAAUCAAUAUUAAUCGAUAUCUCAUUGUCAUCACUGAUGGUAAAUCUUCGGACUCUGUGGCUGAGGCUGCAGAAGGAUUGAGGGGAAAGGGAAUCAUCAUUUACGCAGUUGGAGUAAGAAAUGCUAACAUCAAGGAGCUUAAAGAAAUAGCUGAAGACAAGUAUUUUUUCGUGCAUGAGUUUGAUUUAUUGAAGGACAUCAAAAAUUCAUUGGUACAGCAGAUCUGCUCAGAGAACUGUAAGGAUGCUGACAUUAUCUUCUUGAUAGAUGGUUCAGAAUCCAUCUCCUCACAAGAAUUUGAUAAGAUGAAGGAAUUCAUGGAGAAAAUAGUGAACCGAUCUAAUAUUGGUGCUGAUAAAAUUCAGAUUGGCCUUUUGCAGUUCAGCUCAACCCCUCAGGAAGAAUUCAGACUCAACCAGUACUCUUCAAGGGAGGACAUUUGCAUAGCCAUCUCGAAGGUUCAGCAGAUGAAUGAAGGCACCUGCACUGGGAGAGCCCUGAAUUUCACUCUGCCUUUUUUUUACAGUUCAAGAGGAGGAAGACCCAGUGUUCAUCAAUAUUUGAUUGUGAUCACUGACGGGGCUGCCCACGAUAAUGUAGCCAUACCAGCCAAAGCCCUCAGGGACAAAAAGAUAACUAUUUUUGCCAUUGGGGUGGGACAAGCCCAAAUAUCUCAGCUUUUGGAGAUCACUAAUGACAGGGACAAAGUGUAUCAUGAACAAAAUUUUGAGUCCCUGGAGAACCUGGAGAAGGACAUUCUUUAUAAGGCCUGCAAUCCUGAAGGAUGCAACGUGGAUUUGUUUAUAGGAAUUGAUAUCUCAGCUCCUUCAAACCAAGUUCAGCCGAAGCUUCAAUGGCUAUUUCCAGAGGUGAUAGAACACUUAGUCUUGCUUCCUAACAUCAGCUGUCGCUUUCCUGAGGAGAUCAACCCGAGGUUCCGCUACUUGGUUCCUGGCUCAAAUGGCCAGCUUCUCUUUGACUCAGGUUUUGAGAAAUACAGUGAUGCACUCUUCCAGAAGUUCCUGGCCAAGAAUAGCUAUAUGAAUGUUAAUUUUUUGAAGACCCUGGGGGAGAAGGCUCUCCAUUUCUCUUCUGCUAAAGUGAAGGUCGUUUUAGUGUUUACAGAUGGACUGGAUGAUGAUUUAGAGAAACUGAAGGCAACGUCAGAGCUUCUGCGCAAAAAUGGAUUGUCUGCACUCCUAAUCAUUGGCCUGGAAGGUGUGGAUAAAUUAGAAGAGCUCCAGGAGCUAGAAUUUGGCAGGGGCUUUGCAUAUAAGCAACCUUUGAGCAUAACACUGCCAUCUCUCCCGAACAUCUUAUUGAAGCAACUUGAAAUAAUUGUAGAAAGAACAUGCUGCAAUAUCUGUAAAAAAUGUUUUGGAGAACGUGGGAACAGAGGUGAUAUUGGGAGUCCUGGGAGGAAGGGAGAGAAGGGUUUCGCUGGAGUACCUGGUCAUCCUGGUGAAGAAGGGGGACAUGGAGAAAGAGGCCCCCGGGGUCCUCCUGGAUGCCGAGGUGAGGAAGGAUGCCCGGGUAUGAGGGGACCUCCGGGAGCAAGAGGAUUUUCAGGAGAGAAGGGUGACCCUGGUGAGGAAGGUGUGGAUGGCUUGGAUGGAGAAGAGGGUAGUCAUGGAGUUCCAGGAUCAUCUGGAGAAAAAGGAAAUAGGGGAAAUCAGGGCUUUCCGGGACCGCCAGGACAGCCUGGAGAGCGCGGAGAGCCUGGGUUAAGGGGAGAUCCUGGGGAUCCUGGAAGUGAUAGUUACAUCCAAGGCCCUAAGGGAGAAAAAGGAAGGCGUGGGCAUUGGGGAAGCUCUAGUUUCGAUGGCCCUCAGGGGGAAACUGGAAAUGGCGGCCCUCAGGGGUCACGAGGAAGACAAGGUCCGGCAGGGGUAAAGGGUGUGCUUGGAGAGUCUGGUGAACGAGGUUACCAAGGACAGCAAGGGUCUCCAGGUUCACAGGGACCAAGAGGAAGGGAAGGACCACCGGGAAUUUUUGGACAAAAAGGCUCACUGGGUGCUCAGGGGAAUCCUGGGCCUCAAGGGCCAAAAGGUUCAAAAGGAAAAGACGGACCAAGAGGAAUGAAGGGAGAGCUUGGUGUUGCAGGAGAAAGAGGCUCACCGGGUCGACAAGGACCAAGAGGGCAACCUGGUCGUCUUGGUCCGGAUGGAUAUGGACAUCCAGGAAGAAAAGGAACAAAGGGUGAACCUGGAUUCCCUGGCUGUCCUGGUGCACAGGGAGAAGAUGGUAACCCAGGACACCAAGGAGAGAAUGGAGCAAAGGGAGUCAGAGGGAAGAGGGGUAAUGCUGGAUUUCCUGGAUUUGCUGGAGCUCCAGGUGACCAAGGCCCACCAGGACAAAUGGGCAUCAAAGGUCCCAAAGGUUUGGCAGAUAUGACGCCUUGCGAAAUUGUUUCUUUCACGCGCGAAAACUGCCCUUGUGCAAAAGGUAUUCCCAAGUGUCCCGCGUUCCCGACUGAAGUGGCCUUUGCCUUGGACAUGUCAAGCGAUGUCUCCCAGUUGGAUUUUGAGAGGAUGAGAGGCAUUUUACUAUCUCUGUUGAUGAAGAUGGAAAUAAGUGAGAGUAACUGCCCAACGGGCGCCCGAGUGGCCAUCGUUUCCUACAACAGCAAAACAGAUUACCUGGUUCGUUUCUCAGACCACAGGGGGAAGCCUGCCCUCCUGGAAGCUGUCAGGAAAAUCCCCCUGGAACGGUCAUCUGGCCGCAGGAACCUCGGGGCCACCAUGAUGUUUGUGGCGAGACACGUGUUCAAACGUGUGCGCUCCGGCCUUCUCGUGAGGAAGGUGGCUGUGUUCUUCCAGGCAGGUCGGACCUCUGAUGCAGCUUCCAUCAGCUCGGCUACCCUGGAGCUUGGCGCGGCAGACGUCAUCCCUGCAGUCAUCGCCUUUGUGGAUGACCACAACCUCCCAGACGCCCUGCUGAUGGAGGACAGCAGAUUUCACUUGUUCAUCUGGCAGACAGAGCACCAGCAGGAUGUGGAGCACAUGGCUCGCUGUACUAUCUGCUAUGACAAGUGCCGCCCGGCUCCGCAGUGCGGCGCGGCCCGGCCGCAGGCGGUGGACGUGGACUUGGCGUUCGUGGUGGACGGCUCCCACGGCGUGCGCGCCGACCUGUUCCGCGGAGCUCUGGGGCUGGUGGGCGCCGUGCUAGACGACCUGGAGGUGGCUGCGCAGCCAGGCGCGUCGCGCGAUGGGGCGCGUGUGGCCCUGGUGACGCACACGGCGCCGGGCUUCUGGCCGGGCGGGGGUCGCUCUCCUGUGCUUGAGGGCUUCAGCUUGACCUCCUACGGUCACCGGACCCAGAUGCAGAGACAUGCCCGCGACGCCGCCGCGGGCCGCCCCCUGCAGGGAGCCCCCGCCCUGGGCCACGCCCUGGAGUGGACGCUGGAGAAGGUGCUCCUGGCAGCCCCUCUGCCGCGGAGGGCACAGGUUCUCUUUGCCAUCGUGGCCAGCGAGACUAGCAGCUGGGACAGGGAGAAGCUAUUGACCGUGUCCCUGGAUGCCAAGUGCAAGGGCCUCACCCUGUUUGUGCUGGCCAUGGGCCCUGGCUUGGGGGACCGUGAGCUGGCCAAGCUGGCCCACGUGGCCAGUGCCCCCUCCGAGCAGCACCUGCUGCGCCUGGAAGGGGUCUCGGAGCCGGAGGUAGCCUACGCCCGGGGAUUCACGCGAGCUUUCCUGAACCUCCUAAAAAGUGGAACAAACCAGUACCCACCCCCAGAACUUACUGCAGAGUGUACGGGCCCAAACAGUGGGGACACUCUGCUGCACUCAGGCAUGCCUUUCAUAAGGUCACUCAACCACCAGUUUGGUAUGUCUGGCAUUGCUGGUGAUUUGGAAGCACUUGAAGCAACAGACGUUUUUCUAGAAGAGAAGAGAAAAGGCAUGACAACACCUACAACUCCGCAAGAAGCACUUGAAAAUUAUGAAAAGGACGAAUAUGACAUUGAAAAAAAUGAACAAGAAACACCAGCAAAACAAGAAGAAACUAGAAAAGAAAUAAAUUCAGGUACUACCUAUGGUUCUUGUUCCAUGGAUCCAAUGGAAGGCGAGUGCCAGAACUACACCCUGAAGUGGUACUACAACAAAGAAGAGCGGGCUUGCCAGCAGUUCUGGUAUGGCAGCUGUGGGGGCAAUGCCAACCGCUUUGAAACCAAGGAAGAAUGUGAAGCUCAGUGUGACCCACCACCCCUGCAGAGUUAGGCAGAGCCUCAUUACUGUAGCUCCUCUUAUACGAGCUGAUGAAAUCAAGAUUGCCCUUGUGAGGCAGGGCCACACAGCUCCUAAGUGACAGAACCCACUCCUCAACUUAGACAUAAGAUUCCUAACUCCCUGAAUUUUUUUCCUGCCAGCCAAGGGCUUGGGCCCAGAUUAUUUGUGACUUGAAGACUGAAUUCUAAUAGUUACAAAAAGUAACCAAAACUUUCCUAAAACUAAUUUAAAUGAAUUAGAACUGAAUGAAAAGGAAAUUUGAACUUGACCUAUAACAUUACUUUAAAAUUUUGGGGUGCUACAUAGCAAAAGAAAGAUCAAUGUAAGAAGUGAGCAAAACCUAAUUCAGAAAUGAAUUGAAACUUGGUUUGAUUUUUCCACCAGAGAAUAGGGGAAGCAUUAGUCAAAGAGAGGGCCCGGAAAAAGGGAUAGCUAAUGUGAACUUCAUCCUUUCUACCUAAUGUAUGUGCAUAAAUAAAGAUAUGCUUUGUUAAA